AAAGAAGAAGAUUUGUUAAGCAAACAACACCAACAGCAAAUUAAAUUUGUCAUUCUUGAAUCUUAAUUCUCAAGAGAUCAAAGGCUUUUAUGCAAGCCAAGAAUACAAGUUUGAUUGGUGGAAAUUUUGUAAGUUGUAAGUUUAGCGGAUCUUUAGCAGUUAGGAAAAGGCAAUUAGAUUAUGGAAUAUUUAGACAGGAAAAUAAGAUAUCAAAUUAGAUGUUCAUACUAGUUAUGUCUCAUCAGUAUGCUUCUUACCAGAUUGAACUAUUAAAGCAAUUGAUAGUUAUGAUAAGUCUAUAAGAUUAUGGGAUGUUAAGACUGGGUAGACCAGAUGCUAAAAUAGUUCCAUCUGGUAAAAAGCUUACUGACCAGACAGUUACAUGA